UCAUCAUCAUCAUAAAUCAGUCUUGGAAGAAGAUUCUAGAGGUAUCUUGCAUACUACUCUGUUGUUUCUGAGAGAGAAAUCCAAAGGAAACACCAUGCCAGGUUCACAUAUCAUUGACAUACCACCACCCGAAGAAGGAAAAGAUGAUGACUCCGGCUCCAGCUCCAGCUCCAGCUCCAGCUCCGACGAAGACUCCGACGACAACGACUCGAUGAAAAAUCAUCCUUCGUCCGUUUCAGGAGAACCAUCAAAAGCCAACUCUCCUGGAUCCUCACCACCCAAGGUUCCUCCGUCGUCACCGUCAUCAUCGACUGUAUCUUCUACGACACCGCCCAACUCUGGUCAAUUGCAACAACAACAACUACUACAAGCUCCUCCGCAAGAUGAUCAUCAUGAAUUCGUGGGCAACCUCAUUCUCAGCUUGAUAUUUGUCGACGCCAUUACUAUUACCUUUAUGGUGGUGUGGUAUAUUUUUCAUAGAAGGCCAUGAUCACUACUGUUAUUGAUUCAGCAAGUUCAAGCAAUACAUGUGAUAAUAUGAGAAGCUGAAUCAAAUUUACAACUAUAGUGGAUAAUUUUUGCCUUGACUUCAUUGAGACUAAUGUUGAAUAUGAUUUCUUUGUUAGCAUUACAACCAUUUGUAGUGUAGAUGUAUUGAUAUUAUCUGCAUACACACAUUUAUAGUUCCUAUGCUUUUUACAUAAUAUGAAGGAUAUUUGAAUAAAUCUCUUUUUUUCUUUAA